GCGAUGAACGGUCGGGUGGUGACCGUGUGUGAGAACUGAGGCUGGGCGCUCCGAUGCUGCUCCAGCCACGGAGUGUGUAUUGACGGAUUUAUUUAAUUCAACCAGGAGAUAAAGAAUCUCAAUAUAUUACUUUUUUAUUUUUUAGAUUUAUUUAAUUUUUUGGCAGCUGCUAUUUUAAACAACUGAAGCCCCAACAAGAGAUGCAGUCUCAAGGUAGCACUUCCACUCCACCCUCCUUCGAUUCCCUGAGCUCCAGCAACAGCUCCUUGUUCAGUGACUCGGAGCAGGCGGAGGAUGACACAGACGUCUUUUUGACAGACAGCUCUCCCUCUGUCAUUAUCGGUGAGGAGAGCAGGCCUACGACCAAAAAAGAUGUUGAAUCAGAGAGCCCCAGGUCCCAGUGGACUUGUGACGGCUUUACAGAUAAAGAGGAAGAAGAGGAGUUGUACAGGUCAGAGAGUGGCAGCAAAGCCACACACAUCAACCGGGUUGAGAGGGAUGCUACAAGCCAGACACCAAAAUCAGAGGGAGAUCUGCUGUUUGCUCAGAAGUGUGCUGAGCUGCAGGGUUUUGUACGGCCCCUGCUCGAGCUGCUGAAUGGACUGAAGAGGGGCCGAUUCGACCAUGGUUUAAGUAGUUUCCAGCAGAGUGUUGCCAUGGAUCGCAUCCAGAGGAUUGUUGGGGUUUUACAGAGACCUAAUUGUGGAGAGAAAUACUUGAACACUUUGCUCCAGGUGGAGGUGAUGUUAAAGCUUUGGUUUCCCCAAGUCUCCACUCAGCCUGUGUCUACAGCCUCAAGAGAUGCCACAUCCCCUACUAGUUACCUCCAGGACACUUUUAACUCCACCCCACCACACAAACACAGGGAUCAGUUACAUAUUCCUGUCAAGAAGCGCAGACUCAGCUGGACUGGUGCAGAUUCCCCCACACAUUCUCCCGUACCUAUCAAGUGCCCUCACAGCAUAGAGGAAAGGAGGCAAGAUCAGGAUGUAAGGGACUGCCCUCCUUCUUCUCCACUGCUGGCUUCUGAUGCAAACCAACAUUCACCAGAUGCUGUCAAUAAUAGCCAGCUAAAUGAUGUUGUGAGGGGAAAAGACAGUGAAGGCAAAGAACCAAGUAAGCGGUCAAAGUACAAUGUAGGGCAAAGCUCUGAGCCAAGCCUGACAUGGGUACAUGUCGCUCCCAUCCUGUCCCCACGAAAAACCCACAUCUCAAAUGAGGGAACAGUUGUGGUGGGUAACAAUGACAACAUCCUCACAACAAACAUGAGGGGCAAUCCAGCAAUGCAAGACAGCUCUAUCUCCUCCACCACAAUCUCCAAGCACCCCAAUAAUCAAAUGAUGCCAAUCAGGUGCCAAAGCCGGCCUAUUGUUGGACUACAGAAUGAAAAUGAGACCACUGAAACAUGUCAGGGUCAAAGCCAGCUUUCACUUGCCACUCUUCAGCCUUUGCCCACAGCCUCAGAAACCUGAGGUACCUAACAAUCAAGAUCGCAGCCUUGCUUUUGCUAUACCAUCAAGCUUAAAAGCUGCUGUGACAGGAAGAAGGAAAAAGGCUGACGGUCUGUAAUUGAGAAUACUUUUAAAGGAGAAAUAGAUGAGGAAAGUUUGUGAAGUUUUGUGGAGUCUGUGAUAGUUAUAAUAGAUCAAACCUGUCCCUUCUUGGAGACCACAAUGAAAACAGUUAUUUCAAACAGGACAUAAUGUUUUUCAGUUAAUCAAAUCUAACAAUAAGCAAGAAUCAGUUUUUUAAUUAUCCAAAAAUCUUAACGAAAGUGUUUGUUGUUAAAGGGGAAAAGAGUUUUAAAAAACACUUAAAAUCAGGGUUAUAAAGAUAAUGAUUAUUGGAGAGAUUGAAGGUUCUGUAUUCACAGCAUGAAAGCAAUCAGUUAAUUCAGAAAUGGCUGUUUUAGCACAACUUUAAGGCCAAAAAUACACUUGCAUGUUAACAUCAUGCUCAUGUAAGCAACCAACUCCAAUGUCCGCUUGUCCACAUACCUACCUGUUUACUACGUUUACAGGAAGAUCCCAAAAGGGGGCAUACCAACAGUUAGAUCGUACGAACUUCCAAUUUUGCAGAAUGUAAACAACGAAAAUGAAUAUGAUAAAGGAGGUUCAUUGAUGCGAAGACUACAGCAGAAAAAAGGGGACAGAUAGUAUUGAAGCCCUAUAAAUCAAAUGCAUCCCUACACUGCCUCUUCCAGUCACUUCCGUAUUGCAUCUUGGACACAUCUAGUGAGGACGCACACAUCUGAUGCUCCACACAAACAUGUGAUAUGUGUUAUUAAAAGCAAGUUUAUUUUUUGGUGUAAUUUGAAGAACAAAGAUGUUGGGGAAUUGAAAUUUUGAUGUCAGUAUUGACAAUGAUUGCUUCCAAUAAUAUGAUUCAGUCUAGAGUGAGUCAUAAAAAGUAAGCUGAUUCUUGUCUUAUGGCAGAAUCCAUGCUUUAUUUUACAUUCACUUGUAGAUAAAACUGAGGCAUCAGGUGUGCAGUGAUCACAUUGAAGUCAAGGAAAAAAAAUCCUAUAGCUUAGUGAUCUAAGAAUUACAAAAACACAGCAUGUAUUAUGUGAGGUGUAUUUGUUGUUGGCGAAAGUGGAAAAAUGAUGUCACAAUCCCCGAAUGUAAUCCAAGAUGUUUGGGCACUUGGCUGGCAGAUCAGCAACAUCCCGCCGACCAGAAGUCACAUAACUUUACCCAUCAUGCUGCAGAUCAGAUGUUCCAGACUGCAAGCUGACCGGCAAUCAGGGUCAAGAAAAGAGGAAAAAAAUAAGGACCAUGCAAAGACAUAUGACUCUCAAGUCACUACAAAUUACAGUUAAUUUAUUCAUGUGUUGAUCUCACUCUGCAGCUAUUUAUUGUUGUAUUUAUUUAUUGGGCAGCUGUAUAGCCUGCUGUGCACUUGCAUAGUUUGGCUUACAUUAGUUUUUUUGUUUUUGUUUAUUAGGAAGAUGCUGUUGACACUUCAUUGUGUUUAUUAUCAUGAGGAGAAAAACAAAACAAGAAGAUGAAAUGUUACGACUGGACAAUUGGACUACUGUGCCUUUUACCAAAUAGGAUGUGCUCAGAAAAAUGUUUGGUGCUUUCAGUACAUUCAUGCUGCAUUUUGAUUGUUUGCAUUUUACGAAACUAGUACACAUUCGGCCUUGAAAGCCUACAAAUAUUCUCCAUCAUCUUCCUUUCAAAGAUACACAACAUCAAAAUUGACCGUAUCAUCAACUGCUUAGAAACCAGUGUUUAUCUGUUGUAUCUUGGCAUCUACAGUUAACCCACACUACCUACAUCUCCAGCUAAUACACACACCAACAGCACACCAACACCAGUGGCUUCUAUUUUGUCAAAAGUACUGAGUAUAACCUUCCUUUUGGGCUUUUCUUUUGGCUCUAAUCAGUGGAGGAACAGACUGAAAUGCACUUGAAGCUGGUGCUCUUGAAAACUUGAAAAAAGGAAAAAAAAAAAGAAAAAUAUAAAUGUUAAGGAGGACAUCUUUAUGUGCACCACCCUCCACUGCUGCUACUGUUAUUUUGAUUUUAGCUCUAAUGUAGAAGAUUCAUAUAAAGCUCUCCCUUUAUUUGGAAAUUUUAUCACAGCAUUCUUACAAAUAUUCAAUGGGGUUUUUAUUAAUGUGAUUGAAUCUACCUAUAUAGCAAAAUGUAUUUUAAAUAUUAAAAUAAUUUUUGAAUUGGUAUUAGUAGUUCAUCCUCUACUUAUGUAUCUAGAGAGGAUGGAUGUCCACAUACCAGACUCCCUCUAAAAAACACACCACGUGUGAACACAGAGCCACAGGCAGCCAUCAUGUUUCUGCCUGCUUUUUUUUUUUUUUUGUUUGUUUGUUUUGGGAGUAAGGAGUGUACAAACCCUCAGUCACAGAUCUAGAUGCUAACAGAUCAGAGGUUGGGGGUGUCUUCCACCUCCUGUUUUUAUACUGUAUGAUUAAAGUAUGACAGAGGAACCAAUUGCACUUAUUUUUCAUUGUUUAUCCGUUUUAUCCUGUGAAUGUUUUCUACUGCAGCGACCACUGCUGAUUGGUCAGAAAUAACAAUGUCUUGUUUAUUUUAGCUGCCUUCUCCUUACUCCUUUCUCCUUACAUAGUAGAAGUUGGCUACAAAAUCUCCCCCCUCGCCUCCCCUCCCCCACUCUGCUGCACUUGUCUGCCCUUGCCCUCUCUCCUUCAUCUUACUCAAUCCAGUUAGUAUGUUUUCUUUCCUAACAGGACUCCAUCUUUCUUUCAGCCCAACCUAAUGUGAUAUUAAUCUCCCGGUUCUGUCUUUUUCAAUAAUGACAUGACAAGAAAAAAAAUCUUUUAAUAAAUCACACAUUUUGAAAGUCA